AUGCAGACGCCGGUAGUCGCAGUGCCACGCGCCAUUUAUCGUCGUCCCGGUUCUGUUUCGUUCCCGCUACACGCCGCCGUUAUGGGUGGCGCAACAACAACAGCGGCAUCAGCAGCAUCACCGGUGGACCCCUCAGACACUACCAACAACAACAUCAACAACAGUGCAAGUAGUGCUGCUCCGCGAGACUGCGGCGUGCUGAGUCGCGUACAGCCAGCAGCAGCGGUUUCAGCGCAGGAUCUGGAGACGGAAGUCUGGCGCCUCCGAGCGGAGAAUGAGAAACUCCGCUUCAUUGAGGAGCAGUUCUGGGCUCUGCUCAAGGAGAACGAGGACUUGAAGAAGGUGGUGAGCGAGAGAGGGAAAACCGCAAUGGGGUGUGGUAACAAGAUGAGGGACGCGCACAAUGAGCACGUGGGUGCCUCGAGGGAUGAGGAGGUGUGGCGUCUCUCUUCUUGCACUCGCGCUCUGCGGGAGUGCAUAGAGCUUCUUCUUGCGCGGGAGCUGGAGAGCACUGUUCCAGAUCGUGAUCACAAGGCAACUCUGCAUGCGCAACUCGAGCAGGGGGAUUCAGUGGCGAGCUACCUGUUGUGGCUCCGUUCAAAACAGCGAAGGGAGGUCGCCAAUGAUGCUGCUGGCCUUGACCAUGCUGGUAUUGUUGACGGGCGACACACGACAGAGAGCUCUGCUGCCCUUCGCAUAGGGGGCUGCUCCCCCAACGGUGGCAAGCUCGUUGCUGUCACAUCUCCGCGGUUUUCUGAUGGGGCAGACGCCACAUUGAUGCGGUGCCAACUCGAAGACACCAAGUGUGCCUUGCAGGAAACGCGUGACAUGCUUGAGCUGACGAAUGUGAGUCGUGUCGCUGCACUAAACGACUGCGCCCGCAUGAGCGAGGAGGUGAGCACCUUGACGGCGCACCUGGAGGUGAUCCUCAAGAACAGCCGGGCCAGCCGCGACUUGUGUGUGGAGAACGAGGCACUCAGCGCCCUUGUAGAGAAGCAGGCCCGCGACAUUAACAUUCGUGAUCAGCUUCUUAGGGACAUGCGCACGACACUUCAGCAACUUCGGACUGCAAGAUCAGAAGAGGAGAUCUCCCUUGCCGAGGAAACGGAGCGGGCGCGACACCAACUACUGACGCGACGAGCUACUUAG